AUGUGCUUCAAGCGUUACAUGGAUUCUCUUUUCCACCCUAACAAACCACUGAAUCCUCUUGCCAAGGAAUGGUUACCCUCAAAAUCCCAGAAGUUUCCAACUUUCCAUGAUGUUCUGCAACCCAAGUUUCAACCUUCAACUUCAAGUCCACUGCCACUCCUUCUGUCGCCGCAACAGGCGGUGCAGCCGCUCGUAACCUACUCUGUGCGGCUUCCUUAUUAUAACCUACCGUUACCAACUUUGUCGAGCUACCAGUGUGUCAUUGUGUAUAAUACGAACUCCCAGUCUCAGCUUUUUCAUCCCUCUCCUUUUACUCAUUUUCAGCCGGGUGGGUGUUUCUUCGGUGAAACCGGUGGUGCUUUUGUUGAGACAAAGGAACUGGAAACUGGAACUGAAAUGAAAAGAGAGGAAAAUGUAUUAAAGAACGUGGAAAAUCAAAAGGUCGUAAGAAGUUCAAAAGCUAAUUGUGUUAAUGGAGAAAAAAGGAGGACAAAAAGGUUUUGCCACCCAAAACGGUUUAUCGGAAGAAGCUACCGUCUGCAGGAGAAGAUGGACGGUGGUAAAAUGGAAUGGCGGUCCAAGGAGCCGGAAUCUUCAUCGACAUCUCCUUUGGAUUCUUGCCACUCUGAGAAAACUACUAUAAUGAUCAAGAACAUUCCAAAUCAGAUGAGGAGAGAUGAAUUGAUGGAUUUUCUUGACUGGUGUUGCCGGGAAUACUCUCUGGAGUAUGAUUUCUUGUACUUACCUAUGGACUUCAGGACAAUGAAGAAUUUGGGAUAUGGUUUUGUAAACUUCACAACUGCAUCAGGUGCUGUAAAGAUCAAGAAAAUCCUUGAGAACUACCGAUGGGGUGCGGUUGUAACCAGCCAAGAGGGCUUUUCAUCCAAGAAAAUCUGCGAAAUUACUUGGGCUCAAAUCCAGGGAAAGGAGAUGUUGAAAAGAAGAUUCGAGACCUCCAUUUUUGCUUGUGAUCGAUUGGAUUUCCUACCAGUGAUUAUGGACCCACCUCGAAAUGGUUCAAGUUCGAUGAGUUCUCCAAUGGUUCUUGGAAAAUGCACAGCAGCAAAAUGA